AUGCUGCGGUGGCGCCCGGGGCGGGCUUCGCGCAGGCCUGCGGCGCCGCUAUCUCGGCGGCGGCGAGCGGCCCUCGGCCGGGCGCGGGCCAUUUCGGCGGCCCCUGCGGCGCCAGCCAAGGAGCUCAGGCUCCACCAGGACUUCGGCGACCACGUGCAGGAGACGAAGGCCCAGCGCGACACGCUCAACGAGCAGGUGCGCAUGGCUGUGGCGGACCGCGAGGGGAUGCAAGGCCGCGUCUCCCCGCGGAUGCGGGACGCCGUGGCGGGUUUGGAGGCUAAGGCCAUCACCAUCGAGCAGCUGGAGCAGGAGGUGCGCCACCGUACCGAUGUGCGACGCAAGCUCGACAAGCAGCUGGAGGCGGACCAGGCGGACUACCUCAGCAUGCUCGCGCGGACCGAGGACGCCUAUCGUCUCCAGCUGGCGCUGCAGCAGGACGAGCUGGAGCCAGCGAAGGCGCAGUGCGACAGGCUCAGGGAGCAGAUGCACGACGCCGUGGCGGAGUGCCAAGCGCAGAAGAACGUCGCGGCGCAGCAGGCGCAGGACAUGAGCAGUUCCGUGCCCGUGCGCGCCACCAUGGUCGGCCUGGACGUGGCAGAGGGCGAGGACGUAUGCCUCUCCAUGGGCGCGGUCAGCAGCAUGCGGUACUACGUCAAGCGGGACGGGGCCUCCUUUGCGCAGAUCGGUGAUCUGCGUGCGGAUGUCAUCCUCGAGGUGGGCUUCGACGGCCGCGUGAUCAUCGGCGCGCAGGUGUCGGCAGAGGUGGGCCCCCAGGGAGUCUUCGACUUGCUGGAGGGCGGCUGCGUCGUGGUCCCCCGCGGGCGCAUGCGGGACGGGGCGUUGCUGGCUGCCUGGAUGACCGCCGCCGCCGCGAGGGAGCAGAAGCCGCAACGGAGCAGCCAGCCCUUCGCGAGGCGCCUCGCUGCUCUCGCGGAUGAGGCCAAGUGCAUUAAUUUCGCAGUGUGGGACUGUCCGUGCCAGAAGUGCAAGGCCUCGGCACAGAAUUCCCGACAGAGGCCCCGAUGGCGGGGGAAGGCUCGUGCAGCAAGAGUGCCAGCUGUGUGGAUGGUCUCGUGGGAGUUGCGUCGGGAGUGCCAGCUGCGUGGAUGGCCUCGCGAAUGCUGA